UGUUCACACCUGCCUCGUCCUGCGGAUACUCUGCUUCGUAUCAGCAACCAGCGAGAUGCCUUGACGCGCAUGGGGCACGAUCCUAGCGGAGGCUUGGUGGUUUCUGCAUAGGUUGGUGACUCGCGAAGUGUAUCCCAUCGAACAAAUCAGCAGCUCGAAAGCGGCCGAUCUUCACAUCUUCUUGCAGGGAUAAUAAGCCUGCGGACAAAAUGGCUGCGGAUGAUAUGCAUGUGGCGGUUAAGCAAGUCAGCAGCGAUCGAGUUGAACCACCAGGGCAACAGAGUGGCUCCCACGCCAACAACAACGCCAGGGGGGGGCCUUUCAUGGUCAGUGGGGAAAUUUUCUUACGCUCGGCGCAGAACACGUUGUUCUGCCGCAGCGCCGAUCCAGUUGGGGUGUCAACAGCAAGAUCCGCACUUGCGACAAACAGAGCGACGAGCUGCAGUGGCAGCGGUGCGUCGGGAACACUUGCCGCUGCCUCUUGCACUGAUAGUAGUGCACCGGCGGCCCCUAAUAGCAUGGGCUCUGGCCAUCCUUCUUCUGGACUCCUUGCCGGACUGUCUGGAGAGCUGCGCGAUCUCUUGCUCUGCCAUCCCGAGUCCAACGCGGCGGAACCUGGCGGAGCUGUCGACCCCGCCGCCGGUGGCCUGUGCGGGCUCGUGUCGGGCGUGCGGAUACAGCGGCGUUCUGUCAGACGACGAAGGGUCGACUACCUCGAGACCUCGAAGACGAUCGCGCGUUCCCUUGCGACAGCACGGCUAGCCGCGGCCCAGGCCGCGGUGGGAGGGUAUAGAGAAGGGUGCGCAGAGAGUCGCGCGCAGCUAGACUGUCGUCUGGGCCGCCUUGUGCUCAGCUUUGCAGCCGCAGCCAGUGCAGAAAUGGGAGCAGAAGACGCUCAGAUGGCCGCCGAAGACGAGCAUUGCAGGAGGGAGGUGGAACGGCUCGAGCUAUCCGCAAGACUCGCCUCGCUGGCCACGACUGCGGAGCAUCGAACGCGAGGGUGCGUCGUUCUCAGGCGUCUGCCGCCUACCCACCCGCAGCACGAGCGGUGUCUGCGCGCGGCGACGGAGAACGUGAGGCCGGGUUUCUUUUCGAGCGAGUCACGCUACGGAGCAGUGCGCGUGCUAGACAUCUAUAAGAUGGAGAACAGGUUCUUGUUGGAAAGGUUCCAACGCGCCGCCGAAGCGAGGGAACCGUGCAAGGUCAAAGGACUUUUCUGUCACGUUCCCGAUGCAAGUCUGGAGCACGUCGUCUUGUAUGGAAUGGGCGGCGCUGGCGCGCUGAUGGAUGAGUGUGACGGCUACAGCUCUGGUGCUGCAUUGACAGACGGCAAGGCGGGUCUUUUGCCUACGAAUGACUGGGAUCGAGAUCCGAUUGAUUCCUUUCUUGGCGCUCCGACGGUCGGAGCGUCUGGCCGAAGAGAAACCUCCGGCGGGAACAAUGGUAAACGGCCUUUGGAGUUUCCGAGAGCCUUCUCCCGCCACAGCACGCUCGAAGAAGAACGUCAGUAUGCCAACAGGAGCAGCUGUGGGUGCGACGACGAAGACCGUGGGAUGCGACAACAACACCGGUCCUGGUCUCCGCCGUCUUCGGGCUGUCACCCGCUACAGCGGCAAAGACGGCACCGCGUUCCUGGCGAUGGGUCGCGCGAAGACGGGCAGCAGAGGGGUGCUGUUUCCGGGCUUCGCUUCCUUGCCCUCUGUCGCGUGAUGAUCGGAAGCACGCACGUGGCGGCAACUACUAGCCCUGUCACGUGGGGCCAACGCAAGGGUAAUGGCGGCACCCAGCCCCAUGACCCAAAGUCUUUGUCCCCGCGACAUAGAACGGACUCGAUCGCCCUGCAAAAGCGGCAGCGGGCAUCGUCUCCUCGCUCUGCUGGGCAUCCUGCUGAUGAGUUCUCUCUUCCAACCCCUCCGCCGGGGCAAGCGGAGUUUGACUCGAUUUUCUUCCCCCGAGAGGAGGAGUAUCGAAUACUGAACGAGGCGUUCGUGUUGCCCGAGUUUCUUGUCGUUCACCGGUUUGUUGCCGCUGAGCCGCCGUCGGGGCCGACCGUGAAUACUGAACGUCAUGACCGUUGUUCCCCUCGCCCCGACGCCAGCUGUGGUGUUGCUAAUGAUGAUUUUGCUGUUGCCGUCAUGACCGCGGGACGCGAACAGCAUCAACCAACGGUUGGUGUCCACCCCGUGCAUGGAAAGGGGGGAGCGGAAAAGGUUUCCGUGGCCGGGGGAAGGUGCAAGAGAGAAUAUCAAGAUCAAGAACAGGCCCGGUGUCGUUUCCCCUUGAAUUGUGCCAAGGGUGUUGCGACACCGUCAAUGCUGCCGACGCAAGACGCCGCAUCCGUAGUGGAAGGGAUAGAGACUGCAAUGGAAGGCCUGGUCUGGCCCCACCGAAACAAUUUCCGUCCGCACACUGUCGUUGGCAAUGAUGGUGUUGGUGGAGGUCCGACAGCCCCGGAAACAGUGGCGCCUCCGCAUUAUUCUCCUUGCAGCAAUGACUGUGGGGGUGGUGCUUCUACCUUAACUACGAGCUGUGAUGGCACCAUGUUUGGGGAACGGGCGGGAUCGUUGUCGUCAACGCCAAACAUUGACCGCGGUGAAGUGGGCACAACGAAAGGCAGGCGGGAGAACGAACGAGCUAGACGCGACUCAAUCGUGUGCAGCGUCGAGCAAGAAUUCGAGCGCUAUUGGCAGGAGAUGAAUCGGCUACGGGAGCAACAGAAGGGCGAGGUUGUGAAGGGAGCGUUGUCAAGGGGGAAAUUGAGACAGCCACCAUAGCUUGGGGCGGCCAGGUUCUGCGUCCUGCUGUCAGCUGCUAGAAGAUUACGUGCCCCGCCCAUUUUCUCUCGUGUUGUUCAGGAGAAGAGCUUAGAAAGGAGGUCGGGAUACGACUCGCUGACCGUUGGGAAUCGUGAUCGGUUCCAAGAACCAUUUCGAGACAACUAGGAUGUGAUUUUCGUACAGCUAUGGAUGGGAUUGUACACAUACAAGAAACACAGCAGCUCAUGGGUUUCUCGCCACAACAUCCAUUCGUGACAGCCCAUUGACCACUGCUUGAUGGUGGCGACAGGGAAGAACUGAGCCUCGACCCAGGAAGCUCCAUUUGUAAGGGUUCAGCAGUUCCUCCCCGCUGUGGGGGUUUGUUCAUGACUGCUUUGUUUCCACCACAUGGUUGGGAAUUUUCACCACAGAGAGAGAA